CAACGUCCGGUUUCAUAACAACUUUUGUGGACGAGAGAGAGGGAAGAGCUGUGGUCGUCUGACCUCUCGUGCUUGUUAUAUCGAGAUGUUGAUUGUUUAAUCGCUUGAGUAAUAUCGAACAACCAGGACGAUUUCCGUGGGUUUUAAUCGGUCGAUGUCAAGAUGACAAUCUGCACUUUAUCUGUAAACUAGUGCUUUUAAAUGAAAGUGAAGUACAGCAUUGAGUGUGUCUCUGCUAGACCCCCGAGGAGGGCUGCCAAGCGGCGCGGGUCAAGAACCAUGCCCGAUCUUUCCAAGAUGAAGAAGCCCGACGUCAAGGUUGUCAUUCUGGGCGACAUGAACGUUGGGAAGACCUCGCUGCUCCACAGGUACACGGAGAAGAAAUUUAAAGACACCAUCAGCACCGUCGGAGGGGCGUUUUUCCUCAAACAGUGGGGACCCUACAAUAUCUCCAUUUGGGACACUGCUGGUCGGGAGCAGUUCCACGGGCUGGGCUCCAUGUACUGCCGGGGCGCUGCUGCUGUCAUCCUCACCUACGAUGUGACCAACUGGCAGAGCCUGGCUGAGCUGGAGGAGCGCUUCCUGUCCCUGACCGACACUGCCAAUCACGACUGCAUCUACGCCAUCGUGGGCAACAAGGCCGACCUCACAGACCUCCAGGCCCAGCUGGGAGCCACCCAAGACGGCCUGACAGAGGACCAGGGAGAGGGGGACAGGGAGAGGACCGGGGAGCCCAGGGUACCUUCUGCCUGCCCCACCCCUCCAGCCUCUCCCGUCUCCCUGUCGGGGGUGUCGGUCAACAAGCAGGUGAGCCGGGAGGACGCAGUGGCGUUGUAUUGGAGGAUCCUGAGAUACAAGGGUAUGGAGGAGACGAACAGCCUGCCUGCUGACAAGAUGUGCUUCGAGACCAGUGCCAAGACGGGCUAUAACGUGGACCCCCUAUUUGAGACUCUGUUUGACAUGGUGCUGCCUUCCAUCAUCAGGAAGAGGACUGAGAGAGAGGGAUCACCCACCGUGGACCUGGAUGAGUGCAGCGGGGCAGGCAAACGGCCCAGGACCGCCUGUUGCUAGGGACUACCGAGUUUUAGACUGAUCGUGAAGAGGAGUUUUCAUGCCAUCUCCAUAUUGGUCUCCCAAGAGAUUCUAAGAUUUGUCAGCGUUGACCGUUUGAUACAUACACACUUUCAAUCAAUCAAACUCAUAAUCAAAACAAGCUGGUUCAUUAUUCUUCCAAUGAGAUGCCGAGGACUGUUCUGGAGAGAUGGAGUAAGGAGUACUUGGAUUUCUGAGGUUCUGAUGUGCACGGAAUUGAGUUCAGGCCAAAAUGUGUGUGUAGUUGGUAAAUGGGCUACAGGUACACAGGCAAAACUGUUUAGAAAUCAAUCACAGAUUAAUAUUUUUAAUUUCUUGAAUGAGAAUGUCACAGAUGCCGUUGUUCAACACCACAAAUUGUUCGACUACCAGGGUGGGCACACUGAAUUGUGAAAAUAAAUCAUAUUGUACGGAUGUUUUAAAUGUAUGUUUAACAAUCCACUUUGUUUGCAUGUUCUGUUGCAUGUUAAUUUUUUUAUGAAUUCCUUUUUAUGUCAUUUGCACCUAAUCUACUCUGGACAAUGUGCAUUAUAUGUAAAACACAUUUUAAACGUGCUUGAUAUUUUCAAAGAUUAUACGAUAAUAAAGAUUCUCAUUUUGAAA